UGGCCUCCGGCUCCCCUGCCCGCCGCCGCUGCCUGACCCCUGCCCGCGCGGUCCCCAGCCCGCGGCGCUCCGGCACGUGGCUGGUGGCACGACCUGGCGCGGAGGUGGGAGACGGGGGCUGCCGGGGUCGGUGGCGGCGGGCGGCGUUUGCCACGCACCCGCGACAGGAAUGCAGCCAGCCGGCCGGCCCGGGGUGGAUGGCAGCCGGGCACGGCCGGGGCCGUGGGUAAUUAAAGCCCGGUCCGGCCCGGCGGUGAGCGGAUGUUUGUGACCUGUUGAGCUCCCGGUGCUGGCAGCGGCAGCGCACCGAGCCCGCGGCGUGCCGAGCAAGCGGUGGCCCCGAGCGGACGGUGGCCUUGAGCUGACGGCGGGUGGCGGCAGUGCCGGCCCCUCCGGAGAGGCGGAGGCGUUGGUGCCAUCGGCGAUGGCCCCCAGUGCCAUGGGGCGCGGAGGUCGUGCCGGCAGCACCGGAGCUCCCAGGCAGGAUCAGGGCGACGUCAGGCUCCCCCUCAGCCCCCUGCCCGGCCCCCCACCAUCCCAGCCCCCCCUGGCCAUGCUGCUGAGGGAGUCCCCCUUCCCCAACCGGGCGCUGGUGGCCCUGGACCACCUGGCCUCGGGACUGCUGGCCCCCAGCUUCUGGGUCGUCAACCGCCUCCUUGACCUGCAGCGGACGACGGCCGAGCGGAGGCGGCAGCGGCAGAGCCGGUGCGGGUCGUGCCGCGGCUGCACCGGUCAGGCGCUGGCCGGGCUGGCGUACAGCACGCUGCUGCUGCUCUCGCUGCCCCUGGCCGCGCUGGGGCUGCUGCUGUGGCUGCCGGUGCAGGCGGCCCGGCGGCCCUUUGCCUACCAGUACACGGCAGGUACGGCGCCGGCGGAGCCGUGGGACCUACGGCAGCGCCGGUCCUUCACCUUCAUCAGCGCCAACGUCUGCCUGCUGCCCAGCGGCCUGGCCAAGUUCAGCAACCUGGGGCAGACGCCGCAGCGUGCCACCUACAUCGCCCGCCACCUCGCCCCGGCACCGCCGGACCCCCCCAGCGCCCGGGCCAGCCUCGUUGAGCCGCGGCGCGGCGAGACCAACAGCUACGGCGGAACCCUCUACACCCCGUGGCAGCCCCCCGGCAGCGUGCCGGCGGAGGCGGCCGAGCCCGUGCCGGCGGUGUUGUCCGAGCGUUUCCCGGCGGACGCCGACUUCAUCUGCCUGCAGGAGGUCUUCGAGGCGGGCGCUGCCGCCUGCCUGCGCCGGUGGCUGGGUGGCACCUUCCCGCACGUCCUCUCCGAGGUGGGUGCCCGCGGGCUGUGGGGCGGCCAGCUGAAGCUGCUCAACAGCGGGCUCUUCCUGGCCAGCCGCUACCCUCUGCUAGCCGUGCGGUACCACGGCUUCCCCAACGGCGCCCGUGAGGAUGCCCUGGCCGCCAAGGGGCUGCUCGCCGUCCAGGUGCUGCUGGGCUCGGCGCAGGGGCAGAGGAUCGUGGGCUACGUCGGCUGCACCCACCUGCAGGCACCCGCAGGCGACGCCGCCAUCCGGGACGCGCAGCUGACGCUGGGGCUGCGCUGGCUGCAGCAGUUCCGGGAGGCACAGGAGCAGCGCGGGGACGUGGUGGCUUUCGACGUCCUCUGCGGGGACCUCAACUUCGACAACUGCUCCCGAGGUGACGAGCUCAACCAGAGGCACCGGCUCUUCGAGGUGUACCAGGACCCCUGCCGCCGGGGGCCCGGGCAGGACGCACCCUGGGCCAUAGGCACCCUGCUCAACUACCUGAAGAUCUAUGAGGAGCCCGUGUCCACCCCGGAGAAGCUGAAGAGGACCCUCUCGCAGCCGGCGGGGCAGCAGCAGUACCUGGCGGGCCCGAUCCUCUCCAGCGGGCAACCCGACCCGGCAGCCCCCGGACCCUGGCAGGGCCGGCGCGUGGAUUACGUCCUCUACCGCCAGCACCAUGGGGCCCUGCCGCUGCAGACGGAGGUGGCGGGGGUCUCCUUCAUCACCCAGCUAGCCACCCGCUCUGACCACCUGCCCGUGGCCCUGCGGCUCGACGUGACCCCCGUGUCCCCCUGAGCCGCCGUCGCGAAAGCUGCGGCCGCCCACCCGGCGCAUCCCCCCGGCACCGGAGCCGGCACCGGGCACACCUCGGGGGGGUUCCGGGCCCACCGGCACACGAGUGGGGUGCUGGAACCCCACGGGGACGGCUCCUGGACCCCACGCGAGUCAGUUGCGCCAACGUGUGCCGGCGUCCCGUCGGACGCGGCGGGGCUGCCGCGGUGUGUGGCUGUGCCCACCAUCACAGCCCCUCGGUGCCGUGGCGGGCAGGGCAGCGGUCUGGCAGUGCUGGCGCCAGCCGCGGUUUUAACAACCGGAG